UGCUGCGUAUACUGGUUCAAAAGGAAAAAAUCAAACACACAUAUCGCAAAUAUCGUCAAAGCCCUCAGAGCUCCCAAAGCAGAAGGAGAUGAGCCGCUCAGUUCUCUCUCACUUCCUCUCUCUCUCCAACGCUUCUCCUCGCGUCUCCUCCUCUACCAUGUCGUGCAGCAUAGACGCGAGUAGAUUCUUGAGAAGAUGUGGAACCAUUCCCCAACGCCGUCUUCCGAUUAGUUACGGCGGCGUCGCAGGUUCUCGGUGCUAUUGCAGCCUCUCGGUCUCCAACCCUGUGGGCCCCGCGGCGGAUUCCGGCUCUGUCAAGAAGAGGAUAGUGUCUGGUGUUCAGCCGACAGGAUCUAUACACCUCGGCAAUUAUCUUGGUGCCAUAAGAAAUUGGGUCUUACUUCAGGAUGCAUAUGAGACUUUCUUCUUCAUUGUUGACCUGCAUGCGAUAACUCUGCCUUAUGAUCCACAAGAAUUAUCUAGAGUAACAAGAGAAACGGCUGCUAUUUAUAUCGCAUGCGGUGUUGAUACUUCCAAGGCUUGUAUCUUUGUGCAGUCUCAUGUUCGUGCUCAUGCCGAACUGAUGUGGCUACUUAGUUCUGCUACCCCAAUUGGUUGGCUGAACCGAAUGAUUCAGUUUAAAGAGAAAUCUCGCAAGGCGGGUGAUGAAAAUGUUGCGGUUGCUCUUCUUACUUAUCCUGUCCUUAUGGCAGCCGAUAUUCUUUUGUAUCAGUCUGACUUUGUCCCAGUUGGUGAGGAUCAGAAGCAACAUUUAGAGUUGACUCGAGAGCUGGCUGAGCGUGUUAAUUAUUUAUAUGGUGGAAGGAAGUGGAAGAAGUUAGGAGGGCGAGGUGGUGCAGUUUUUAAGGUUCCUGAGGCCCUUGUUCCGCCUGCUGGAGCACGGGUGAUGUCCCUCACUGACGGGCUUGCAAAGAUGUCCAAAUCUGCACCUUCCGACCAAUCUCGAAUUAAUUUGCUUGACCCAAAGGAUGUAAUAACAAACAAGAUAAAACGUUGCAAGACUGACUCAUUUUCUGGCAUAGAAUUUGACAAUCCCGACAGACCUGAAUCCAACAAUCUGCUGUCAAUAUAUCAGCUCAUGACUGGCAAGACAAAACAGGAAGUUGCACAUGAAUGCCAAGAUAUGAACUGGGGUACAUUCAAGAACGUUCUUACAGAUGCUUUGAUUGAUCAUCUACUUCCCAUCCAGGUUCGCUACAAGGAAAUUAUCGAUGAUACAGGGUAUUUGGAUAGAGUUUUGGUAGAGGGUGCCACUAAAGCUACAGAUGUGGCAGACGUUACUCUCAAUAAUGUCUACCAAGCAAUGGGAUUCCUGAAGAGAUGAGCGAAAUUGAUCCUGUGAAAAAUCUUCUGUGAAAGGUUACUGAGAAAGUGACUUGAAAGUUUUCUUUUGGAUGACUAAUCGUUCCCUACGGUUUUCCGAUUGUACCGAUGAGCACAUUCUUGCUGUGGUAAAAUAGGAUAAUUAUAAGGGAGGCACACAUUCUUUGAUCCAGUUAAUGCUUACAUCUCGUUUUCUAGAUAGGUCCCAUUAUUUUAUUGCUUCAUGUUCACUGGAAUUAUGGAUUUAAAUUCAGUUUGCUUUUACAUGCAAUAUAAAUUGAUGGUAGGACAUAUACCACUUUCA